GGGCGGGGAAUCGCGUAAUGGCGGACGCGGGCCGGGCGAGCGCGGCUGGGGGCGUAGCGCGCUGAGGGGGGUCCGGGUGUCGGGCAGCCUGUGAGGCAGCCCGCGGAAACAGGCCCCGUGCUGGGUAGGGUGGCCGGCUGGCCCUUCCGUCGCUGACGGCAACCGCGCGAGACCAGGGAGGAGGUGUCCCGGAGAUCCCCUCGGAGACUUGGCGGGGCCCGCGACUCUGUGAGGCUGUGAAAGUGCCCCAACCUGACUUGGCUCUGCCACCAACUCGUUGUGUGACCUUGGGUUGUUUUUCAUCAUUCAGAACAUUGCCUGAAGCAGGUCCACCAUGCCGUUAGUAACGAGGAACAUUGAGCCAAGGCACCUGUGCCGUCAGACGUUGCCUAGCGUUAGAAGCGAGCUGGAAUGCAUGACCAACAUCACCCUGGCAAAUGUCAUCCGACAGCUGGGCAGCCUGAGUAAAUACGCAGAGGACAUUUUUGGAGAGCUCUUUACUCAGGCAAAUACCUUUGCCUCUCGGGUAAGCUCUCUUGCUGAGAGGGUUGACCGCCUACAAGUUAAAGUCACUCAGCUGGAUCCCAAGGAAGAAGAAGUGUCACUACAAGGAAUCAACACCCGAAAGGCCUUCAGAAGCUCUACCAUUCAAGACCAGAAGCUUUUUGACAGAAACUCUCUCCCCGUACCUGUCUUGGAAACAUACAACACCUGUGAUACUCCUCCACCUCUCAACAAUCUUACCCCUUACAGGGACGAUGGGAAAGAGGCACUCAAAUUCUACACAGACCCUUCGUACUUCUUUGAUCUUUGGAAGGAGAAGAUGCUGCAGGACACCAAGGAUAUCAUGAAAGAGAAGAGAAAGCAUAGGAAAGAAAAGAAAGAUAAUCCAAAUCGAGGGAAUGUAAACCCACGUAAAAUCAAGACGCGUAAGGAAGAGUGGGAGAAAAUGAAGAUGGGACAAGAAUUUGUGGAAUCCAAAGAAAAGCUGGGGCCUUCUGGGUAUCCACCCACCUUGGUGUACCAGAAUGGCAGCAUUGGCUCUGUUGAAAAUGUGGACAUAAGCAGCUACCCACCACCGCCACAGUCAGACUCCAUUUCUCCACCUUCUCCUUCCUUCUCUGAGGACAACUUGCCUCCCCCACCAGCAGAAUUCAGCUACCCAGCAGACAACAACCAAAGAGGGUCUGGCCUAGCAGGACCCAAAAGAUCUAGUGUGGUCAGCCCAAGCCAUCCACCACCAGCUCCUCCUCUGGGCUCUCCACCAGGCCCCAAGCCCGGGUUUGCUCCACCACCGGCCCCUCCGCCUCCACCUCCGAUGAUAGGUGUUUCACCCCCGCCACCGCCUGGAGGAUUUGGGUCUCCAGGGACCCCACCACCACCUUCACCCCCGUCUUUCCCACCUCACCCUGAUUUUGCUGCCCCUCCUCCUCCUCCCCCACCGCCUGCAGCUGACUACCCAACUCUGCCACCACCUCCCUUGUCCCAACCAACAGGAGGAGCACCUCCCCCUCCCCCGCCACCGCCUCCCCCUGGGCCCCCUCCUCUCCCUUUCAGUGGUGCAGAUGGCCAGCCUGCCGCACCACCACCACUUUCUGAUGCCACCAAGCCCAAGUCCUCUUUGCCUCCUGUGAGUGAUGCCCGCAGCGACUUGCUUUCAGCCAUCCGUCAAGGCUUUCAGCUGCGCAGGGUUGAGGAGCAGCGGGAACAAGAGAAGCGGGAUGUCGUGGGUAAUGAUGUGGCCACCAUCUUGUCACGUCGCAUUGCUGUUGAGUACAGCGACUCAGAAGAUGACUCCUCUGAGUUUGAUGAGGACGACUGGUCGGAUUAACUCCUCUGCCUUCUGCCCACCUUUUUCUUUCCUUCCUACCUGCCUUCUCUGAUGCCUACCCCAACAGUCCCGUAGGCGGGGGAAAAGGGAGGAAAAAAAGAAUUUCAAGGGGCCAAAGCCUUCCCUGAAGCAACCAAAGAUAUAUCCAAGUGCUUCCUCCAAAUCAACAUGUAUUUCCCGUCUCCCCAUAGUCUGGCCCUGUGGGGCUCCUGAGGCUCAGUAGCUAUGUUCCCUCUUCCCUUCAAGUGACUUGCAUAUUGAAGAGAAGGAAAAACCCCAAAGCAGAUCCCUUUGAUUGGAUUUGAUUGGGUUUAAAUUGGAGUUGGUGCCUUCCCCUAGGAGCCGUUUUCCACUGUGGUCUUCUUCCAAAAUCCCUGCCCUCAGCUGCUUCAAAUAAUGCCAGCCACCUUCUGGUCCUAAAGCCUGCAUGGACCCAGUUGGCCCCUUUCCCAUGCACUGAGAGGGCAGAGUGGGCCACAUGCCGCAGCAGCCAUCCUGCUGCACCCUUCUGCCCUGGUCAGCAGGGGGAGGCUAUGUUUUGCUAAGCUGUCCCUCUGUCUGGAUGCCUUUAUUCCAGGAGCCAGCAAGCCCCAACCAAAUGUCUCACCCCUCUGCCCAGCAACGUCUCACCCUUCUGCCCCUCUGAAAGGUGAGGUUGUUGCCUCCCUCCCAGGCUUCCUCUCCUGGGUCUGGUAUUCAGGUGUCCCUUCAGUGCCCCUCACUCGCCACCAGGUACCUCCAGGCACCACAGCCCAGUUCUAAUCUCUAAUACCCAUGACCAAACAAGCCUUGCCACACGGGGAUCUGGGCCUCUGCUGGCUGGCAAGAGCCAAGCUUAGAGACUUGGAACUGCAGGACUGGAAGAACAGUGGACUUCCUAGGUCCCACCCUCUUAACCAUGCUGAGGUCUAGAGAUGGGAAGUGACUUGCUCAAGAUCAUACAGUUGGAUGGUGACAAAGCUAGAGCCCAGAGUUCCAGAUUCCAAGUCACCUGUGCUUUCUGGGACCAAAUAGUGGGCACCUGCUGGAGCCUGGCAGAGCAGUCUUAGCUCUUUGCUACACCAGACCUCACCAUAGUUGGGGGGCCAAGAGGAGGGCUCAGGGCCUGUGCCAGGCCUGUCAGUGCUGCUCAGACCUUUAUAGUCUCUCUUAUAAUUCUUUGCUCCCCCUUGCCUGUCACCAACCAACCACAGGCCUUGGGAGCUGCCCUUCUGGGGGACCAGAGGUAGUGACAGGAGGAAGGGGGUGGACAGCUUUGACAGGUGCUGUUUUCAAUUCCUCUGCAACUCCUCCCCGUUUUGUUUCCCCAAUUUAAGCAUAGGUUCUGCCAAGUGUAGAAACUUCAGUCCCUCAGGCUGGCAGCCGCCACAGGUAGCUGCCUGGGGGGCCCUGACAGCCAUGAGGAGGGCUGAAAGGCAGGGGGACUCUGGGUCUUGUUUCCAGCUCCCCUCCUCACUGCACACAGAGCUGCUGCCUCCCUUCCUCCCCCUUUUUCCCAGAGCUAAUACACAGGUGCUAUUAUUCAGAAAAAACUGGUCAGCUUUGGCCAACAGUGAGGCUUCUUCUCUUCUGCCCUAACUAUUGUGUAGCCUCUUAUACUGAAACCGGCUUCUCCUGGCUUCUGCGGCUUUCCAAGCCCUGAAACAAAGGGAAACGGGAUCUGUCUCUACGCAGCACAGCAAAUGGUUGUAGUAAUUGCCAAAGCCCUCGUAAACCCCUCUGGCUUGAGGAGAGUAUGUAAUCAUGGGUACUGCCUCUGUGCCCUGGCUGAAUGCUCCCCCUCUACCAUAUUUCCUUGAACUCGGGGUCGUGGGACUGAGCCUGUUGGGGCCAGCACACCCUCCUGCUGGGGCUUCUCCGGAGUGUGUCAUCCUCCCUGUCCCCAGAUCAGGUGUCUCUGGCACAGGGCUAGCACCAGGCUCCAGUGCUGAGCAUGCCAGGCUGUGUAUGUCCCCACCUUGCUUCCCACCUUGCACUUUGGAAGCUGAAGGUGCUUUCUUCAGAACCCUAAAAAGGCUGUUGAAGGUGCCCCCGGCAGCAGCCCAGCAAUGGUUGGUGAGAGGCGGAGGGCAGUGGUUCUCCCAAAUAGGAGUCCUGGGGCCUGGCCAGGGUUUGGGCCUAAUGGCUUCUACUAAAUUACCCCUAUCCCCCUCCUUUCCGGAAAAGGGGGAGCCAGCACCACUCGCUAUCAUUCUGCUCUGACCUUGAAGGGGGCGGUGUUGGCCUGCCUUCUGGAAUGGACAGAGUCGCUGUGGAAAGGGCUGGGGGCAGGCGGAGGUGGGGAGGGGCGCUGCCUGCGGAAGGUAGGAUUAGAUCAUUAGCUCAGUGACCUCCUAGGGUUUCGAUGUGCUGUGUUCUCAUCCUACAGCUGGUUUGGUAAUGAUCUGCAAGUCCCGGAGAGCAACAGCACAGCUCUGCCUGACGCUCUCAUUAAAAUCUAUGCAGCCAAGCUCGGCGCUUUGUAGCAGCCGGCCUUGCGAAGCCUUCUCAGCUUGGGGGGCUGGGGACCCAGUCAGCCAAGGGGCCCUCUGGGCUCUACUUAUGCAUAUGUGCACCAAAAAAAAAAUGCUUCUUUAAAUCCAGAGCCCUUUAAGAUGAUAAAGGACCCUAUGCAGGUAAUUGUGUGUCUUUGAAAUCGUGUAAUUGUAGAAUGCAGAGUUUAGUGAUUAUUUAAACUGAGCCGAGGCUGGUAAGAGUAUGGAACUAUGACCCAUAAGGACUCUUAAGCGCUGAAGCCAAGGAGCCACCUCCCUUCCCUGGUCUGCCUAACCCUGGGGCCCUGCCCCCAUUCCUGUGGCCCAGGGGCCCAGCUUCCAGUCGGCAGUGUCAGAAGUGACUGUGGCUUUGCCGUGGUUGUGAGAUGACUACAUUCCAAAGGAGCAGCCGCGAGGAGGGGGCAGGCUCAGCGAUCCCUUGGAGGUUCAGAGCAGCUGGCCCAAGCUCCAGCUCGCCUCCAGCGGAAGCUCAAGCGCCCUCAGAAACGACCCUGGCCAAUGUCACCGCAGAGCCGAGGCGGCGUUGUCAGGGCUAAUGUGAAACCUCUUCCCAUGGCGCCGAUCCUCCGGCUCUGCAGCGCCAGCUUGGACAGAUUGAGGUCUCUGUGGCUUUGGUGACCCUGCUUAAGCAUUCCCACCGUGUCCCAGCUCUGCUCUCAGCCUGCCUUCCACCACAGCCCCCUCACCUGAUCUCAGGGCCUGGGGAGGGGUCAAUACCCCAAGGCCAGGGGCUUUUGCUCAGGAGAGAUGGCAGGUUUCCUGGGGGCAUCUGGCUUUGAGUUCUGCUGGGGUCCAGCUGACCUGGGACCAGGUGCCGCCCAGAGAUGUGCCUCAUUCUGUGCCUCAGUGAGGGCUAGGGAACAAUUUCGUUAUUGUAUUACCUUUACUCAGUUAACUCACUUGAGAAACUAACCAAUUUUUACUUUCUGUCUAGAAUGAUGUACAUGUAGGAGAGCGAGCUGUAAUGUUCCCAAAGUGCCUUGUUUUCUCUGAUAUAAAUAUAUUUAUAAGGACCUAUUCCAGUGGAUUCUUGGGUGUGUUUGCCACAUCAAGAUUUUAGAGAGUGGGUAUAUAUGCAUUGGGAAUACAGUCUGAAAAUGGGCCCCUUUCCUCUGAGAAUAGGAAAGGACCUCUAGUAGGAAAUUUGAGCAGUGGGGUUAAGCCAAACCCCUAAAGUGACCCUUUCCUCUUUACCCUACUCCUCUUCAGGUCCUUAGAAGGAUGUCCAGUUUUUUUUUAAAGCCCUGUGGCUCCAAGCCUGGUCUCAUUUGCUUCCCUGCCAGGCUCAUGUGUGUACCCACGUAAGCACCCCAGUGACCUGAAGAUUCCGUGUAACUAUUUUAUGUGUACAUGCAAAUACGCAAAUGCCAACAUUUAAAAUAAUUUGAUAAAGUCUUUGUAGCCGCCCAGCCA